GAACCCAGCUAAGGAGAGGGCGCAUGCGCACAUACCUGCCAACAGUCAGCUCAGGCGGGUUCGCUGUAAGGCUACGGUUAAAAACCCACUAACGUUUAACUCCUGGUUCUGAACCGAACUUACGAGUCUCGGCUGAAAACAUGCGUCCCCGGAGCGGCUCGUUUCCGGUGGCCACUAAAGUUUGGAUCAGCUGUUCGUUAGCUUCCUGCUAGCUUCAAUUAGCUAGCUUCCGGUUAGCUUCAGUUAGCUAGCUUCCUGCUAGCGUUAGCUUCAGUUGGAGCUAAAGCAGCAGUGUUCAGUCGUUCCCAACCCAAAGGGACGAGGAGGAAGAGGAAGAGGAAGAUGUCUCUGGUGUCUGAGCUGAAGGAAGGCGGCAGGAAGGACUCGGCUCUGUCCUGGGAAGACUGUCUGUGUCCUGUCUGUCUGGAGAUCUUCAUAGAGCCUGUCACUCUGCCCUGCACACACACCUUUUGCAAGAGCUGCUUCCUGGAGUCGGUGGAUAAGGCCACGCUGUGCUGUCCCAUGUGCAGGAAGCGCAUCUCCACCUGGGCCCGUCUGAACAGCAAGAACAAGACGCUGGUGGAUCAGCAGCUGUGGGACCGGAUCCAGACCUUCUUCCCUCUGCAGUGUCAGCGGCGCCUGAGCGGCGAGGACCUCGAAGAUGGCGAGUGCACAGUCUCCGUUCCCAGAGUCUGCUCUCCUGGAGAGCUGCGGCAGGAGUACGAGGAUCAGGUGACCAAGCUGAUGGAGGAGCGCAAGGCUCAGGAUGAAGAAGAGCGCAAAGCUAGCGAGGAGCUGAUCCAGAAGCUGCUGGCCGAGGAGCAGCAGCAGCUGCAGGAGGAGAGGAAGAGGAAGGUGGAGGACGAAGAGCUGGCCAAGCUGCUGAGCAACCAGCUGAACUCCCAGGAAACCGUUGGCGCUCCCGUUAUCACGCCUUUGAAGAAGACGACGAAGAAGAAGGAGGUGUUUGUUGGAAACAUGGACAGGUUCCUGUGUCCCCGCCCGCCGCUGCACAGCUCCGCCCCCGCCUUCAUAACCAAUAAGGAGAACGUCCUCCUGCUGGAGGCGGAGCUUCACGUGGAGCAGCGCUGCCCGCUGACCGACAGUCAGCUGAUCCGAUCGUCGUCAUCGAAGAGGAAGAGCUCAGAGCUGGGCGCUGCCGAGGAGCAGGAGGACAGGACCGCCAAACGGGUCGCGGUCUCCACCUCCUUACCUGUGGAGGCGGGGCCGUUGCCCGACUGGGAGGCGGAGCUUCGGUUGAAACGGCAGCAGGAGGAGGCGGACCGACGCCUGGCGCUGCUCCUUCAGAAGGAGCUCGAUGAGGAGGAGAGACGGAGAGCCACGGACCGCAGCAAAGGGUCCUCUGACGCCUACCUGCUUCGCCACCAGAGAGGUGAGACAGAAGAGGCGGGGCCAUCACACGUACCUGCAAGAGGAAGACGAGGGGCCGGACCUGUAAAACCCCCCAGAACCUUCCUCAGCUCCUCCUCCUCCUCACGCUCUGCCUUAACUACCAACACUCAGCUUCGCUCCUCUUCAUCAAGCCGAGGAGGCAAACAGACGACACUGAUGGAGAUAUUCUCUCCUCCUCGUCCUCCUGCUCAGCUGCAGCCCCAACAAACGGCAAAUAAAUAAAACAUUUUAUUUUGAAAGGGCGCCACUUCCACCUGAUCUCCGAUUGGUCAGUUUGUCUUUACUGAAGUUUAUUUUUUAUUUUUUCCUUUGGUUCGGAGGUGCCUAACCCCAGCAGUCAUGUGAUCAGUCAUGUGAUGCUCUGACUCGUCGUCACAUGACGGCGCCUGAGACAGGUCUGUGGAAGCUGCUAAACUUCAUCAUAGAUUAAACUGAGCAAACAAAGUUGCUGGUGAUUAUUGAUCUCUGUUCAAAAUGAGAGCAUCUGGGAAGGCCCGCCCCUUAUUUGGAGGCCCCGCCCCUUUGUGGAGGCUCCGCCCUCCUGCUGAAGCAGGAGCAUUGAUACUUUUUACUGCUCAGGAAGAAAACUUGACGUCCUUGGAGCUGAUUGCGUAGCAACACUAUCAUGGUCCGAUCCUGCAGUUUACCUUUAAUUUAUCAUCGGACCGGUUUUGUUUCUUGUUUUGUUAAUUGUAGUAAAAAAGAAAUACUUUGGUUUUGUAAUAAAAAAAAAGUUCUGACGA